AUGAAUGACUUCCGGUUUAUCGGCGGUCGUUUGUCAUGUGCAGUGUGAAGGCGGCUUACUCCAUUUUCAUAUUGAGUGUGUCUGUGUGUCUACUGUGUGAAAAUGUGUGAAUUUUUAGUUGUGUUAUGAUUCUCUGAAGGAACAUUGCAACAGAUUAUAUCCAGUUUAUGUAACAAAUCUGGCAAUAGAGACUCUAGGAUACUGCAGAAUCCCUGGGUGGUUUUAAAUCCCACCUUAAAAUUAUUUCUUUUUAGGGUAGCUUUUAUGUGAUUACUUUGUUUGUUAUUUAUUGGCUUUUUAUUUUUGUAUGGUUAGAUUUAGUGCCUGUAAUGUUAUGUGUAUCUUUUAAUUUCAUGUCAAGCGCUUUGAAAUGCUACUUUUAAAGGCGCUAUACAAAAUAUUUUUUUUUAUUCUUAUUAUUAGUUUAUUCUUUAGUGUACCAUUCAAAUGCUUUACUGCUCUUCUGCUCUCAAGGUGGUAUUUGCAAUUUUGUCUUAGGUCUAUGUCCAAAUAUAUUGAAGUGCUUUAUGUACAAAGGGAGUCCCAUUUGUGACGGAAUCGCCAUGGAUUAGUUUAAACCACAACAUUUCAGCACCACGGAGAGCGGCACUAUGUGGCGGCAGAAGCGCCGGCAAUUCAGCACCACAGUAUUUAACCUGUAAUUAAUAAACGACCUGUUACAGACGAAAAGCAAUGAAAAAAAAAUCCUCAUAUUAAUAUAUAUUCUAUAUUAUGAACAGUUCUGAACAAUUACACAAUGCCUGCUUAAUAUAAUCUAAAAGCCAUCCAUUCAUCAGCCAUAAGUCGCAUCAAGCUCCAUUAGACUGAACCAUAAAAAAGUUUUUCAAACAGAUUUUUUCUAGCACAUUAAACAUUUUGGCUUAAUUUUUAAUCAUGUUUAAAAUCGAUGUUCAGCAAGGUUACAGAAAAUCACAAAAAGAAAGCUUCUGUAGAAAAAAAGUGUGACUGAAGAAAAGGUAUCACGUGAUUCAAAACGAAACUGAAAGUGCUGACUCAGACAAAGAAGCUUCUAGGGUCGUCUUAUUAAGAAAAUUAUAAACUGAAAAAUGAGGAUUAUGCUGUGGUGUUUGACUCUAAUUCUUUUCAGCUUUAUCGAAUCUCGAUCAGAGCGUUUACAGGUGGUUGGUCCAGAAGAGCCUCUUGAUGCUGUGGUUGGAGAAGAUCUGGUUCUGCCCUGUUUUAUCAAACCCAACACCAGCGCUGUGGAAAUGACAGUGGAGUGGUUCAAACUCUAUGUAGAAGACUCAUUAGUGCAUCUCUAUAGGGAUCAUGAAGACAAAAAUGAAGGUCAGGCUCAAUCCUAUAGAGGAAGAACAUCACUGUUUAAAGAGGAGCUACAGAAAGGCAACGCUUCCCUCAAACUCUCUGAUCUCAGAGUCUCUGAUGAAGGAAAAUAUAAGUGUCUUGUUGAGGACAAAUCCUGGUCCGAUGACAUCACUGUGAAUGUCAUUGUAGAGGCUCAGGGAAGCAACCCAGUGAUAACGAUGGAGAGUUAUGAUAACUCAGGAGGGAUUAAUCUAGUGUGUGAGUCCAGAGGCUGGAAACCUGAACCUGAUGUUCUGUGGCUGGACAGAGAAGGAGUCACUCUGACUGCUGAAGAUACACAGAUACACAGAGACACUGAGCUCUUCAGUGUGAAAAGCCACAUCACUGUUUAUGAUUAUAGCGACUCUAACAGGUUUUACUGCAGACUUCAGCAACAACAUCACAUGAUGGAGACAGACAUUAUCAUCAAUAGUAAAAUCUUUGAUGCUUGGAAGUGGAUUGUUGGGAUUUCAGUUUCAGCAUGUCUUAUUGCUGUUGGAUUGAUCAUAACUGCAAUUGUUUGCAAUUAUCACAAGGAAGAGAUAAAGAAGAAGAAGCAGUCCAAAGAGAUGCGGAGACAGAUUCUGGAAGCUGAACUGCAGAGACUGAGUGUGGAAUAUGAGUUGUUAAAGAAGAAGCAGUAUUCAGUGGAUGUGACUCUGGAUCCUGAUACAGCUCAUCCCGAUCUCAUCCUGUCUGCUGAUGGAAAACAUGUGAGAGAUGGAGACACACGACAGGAUCUCCCUGAUACACCACAGAGGUUUAAUACAUGUCCAUGUGUUCUGGGAAAGCGGAGUUUCUCCUCAGGGAGAUUUUAUUAUGAGGUGCAGGUCAGAGGGAAAACUGACUGGUCAUUAGGUGUUGCGAGAGAGAACAUUAACAGGAAGGGGGGGAUUACACUGAAUCCUCAGAAUGGAUUCUGGACUGUGGUACUGAGGAAUAACAAUCAGUAUGAGGCUUAUGCUGAUAUUGAUGUCGCCCUCACACUGAGAGAGAAGGUGGAGGUUGUGGGGGUGUUUGUGGAUUAUGAGGAGGGUCUGGUCUCCUUUUAUGAUGUGAAGUCCAGCUCCAAUAUCUACUCUUUCACUGGUCAGUCUUUCAAUGAGAAACUCUAUCCAUACUUCAGUCCUGGUUUAAAUGAUGGAGGUAAAAAUUCAGCACCACUGAUCAUCUCUCCUGUAUGUAGCGUCUGGUACAGGUCAUUUUAGAUUUCAUGUCCCAGGCACCCUAAAUUUCAACAUCUACUCCCCAAUUAACCGAUGACCACUCGGUUUUACGAUUUUAUCGAGGGCUAUGCUCCACAACGUCACACACCCACAACUGGCUCCAGAAUGUCUGGAGCCUACACAAAGACCAAAUAACCCCAUGCAGCUUCUCUGAUUGAACUCAGAGGGGCCCUCAACACAAAACACACACACCCACAA